CCGCGCUUCCCCACAAAUCUCAUGGUCCCAUCAAUAUCAGCACACACUUCCUCCUCGAUACCACCUCCUCCGCCCAAGAACUAAAACUAAUCCAACCCAGCCCCCCAAUCUCCUACCCCUCCGCCCGUGGGAUCGAUCCCUCGGCCCGCCCGCCUCCCUCGGAUCCACCAGCGCCACCCCGCCGCGAGACCAGGAUCUUGGCGAGAGCACAUGGCGGUGGUGGCGGCUGCGGCGGCGGCGCUGGCGUGGCCAUGCCUGGGUGGCGGCUCGCGGGCGUGGGUCGACGUGCCGGAGCGGAGCAAGAGCGCGUUCAUGGAGCUGAAGAGGAGGAAGGUGCACCGGUACGUGAUAUUCAAGAUCGACGACAGGAGGGAGGAGGUCGUGGUCGAGAAGACCGGCGCGCCCGGGGAGAGCUACGACGACUUCACGGCCUCGCUGCCCGCCGACGACUGCCGCUACGCCGUCUACGACCUGGACUUCGUCAGCGACGACAACUGUCGCAAGAGCAAGAUUUUCUUCAUCUCCUGGUCCCCUGAUGAUUCUCGCAUCCGUGCCAAGACCAUAUACGCGGUGUCUAGGAACCAGUUCCGCCAUGAGCUUGACGGGGUGCACUUCGAGAUCCAGGCGACUGACCCUGAUGACAUGAACUUGGAAGUUCUUAGGGGCCGAGCCAAUAGAACCUGAUAAGCUAGGUUGAUUCUGCUAAGCUUGCUGAUACAAGCCAAUAGCUCGAAAUGCCGAUGCGAGUAUGAUCCAGCUGCUGAUCGCACCCGAGCAUGCGAUGUUCCUUUUUCCCUGAGAUAGCAGUUAAUCUAACUAGAAAAGUUCCUAUGAAUGUGCUCUGUUUUAAAUGUCUAAUUGCCCGAGUACUGUCUGCUGCUAAGCAAGAAUUUUUUUCCGAGCUUGAACUGCUACUGCGGACUGGUUUAGUAUAAUACUCCGGUUAAUGCGUUUUGCUGCUGAAACUGCUGUCAAUCUCGA